AAAAGCAAAAUACUUGGCGAGUAGUUUUAUUUUCUAAGUGGCCUUUCGAGGCCCCGUGAUGCUCCUGCCCGCCUCGCCGCCGGGGCAGAGGUGUGCUGCAAACCCGCCCCCCCUUCCUAAUUUUGCAGCCGCAUAAAAAGGGAAAUUCAAUUAAAAAAACAAAAAAUAGAAAACACACGUGCAUUAAAGCCUGACAUAAACUUCCAAAAGCCAGGAAAGUCCUCGCUUCACCCCCUCUCCGUGCCUGGGUCCCACAGCCCCGGCGCUGUGCGAGGGCACCCCAGCCCUGACGCCCCAGUGAUGGCCUGAGCCGCCACUCACGGCCGCCGCGGCCGGGACCUUCGGUGCGCCGGAUCCUGCAGCAGCGCUGGGUGCUCCGGAGGCAAACGCGGAGGCGUUUUGAAUGGGAUGGGAAUGUGCAGACCCCAGGAUGAGGGAAUGGGGUGGGGAUGUGCUUUGCAUUUUAUCCAUGGAGCAUUUUAUCCUUGGAGCACUUACCCAUGGCACAUUUUACCCAUGGAGCAGUUUAUUCCAUGGAGCAUUUAUCCACGGAGCAUUUAUCCAUGGAGCCUUUUAUCCAUGGAAUAGCGUAUCCCUGGAGUGUUUUAUCCUUGGAGCAUUGCAUGCAUGGCACAUUUGAUCCAGGGAGCGUUUUCUCCAUGCGGCGUUUGGACGCUGCGGCAAGGAGCGUUCGGGAGAUGCUCUGCCAAGCCCGGGGUGCUGCCGGAGCCGCAGGGAAAAAAACGCUCCGCAAAAACAGCGCAGCGGCACGUCCGGGGCGAAACCCUUGCCGAGGCACCUUGCAAAAUGCUGUAUCCCCCCGUGCAUCACUCGGGGGUCCCGAAUGUCCCCGGGGCCGGCAGCCGCCCCAGCCCCGGCCGCCGAGGCCUGUAACACAAGCUCGGAGCAAACCUGCUCCUCCGGAGCCAGCAGACCCAUAAAUAAUCUCGGGAGCUUUGCGGCCGCUGCCAGGGGGACGGGUUGUUCCCCGGCCGUGCAGCUGGCCGCACUUGUCCCGCCGGUGCCCGGACCCCUCCGGCCGCCCCGAGCGCCCGGCGGCCCCCGCUGAACCCCGCGAGAGCCCCGCGGCCCCCGGCACCUGGAGAGCAAAACGCAGAAAGGGGGAUAUUUUUAUUCAUCCGUGCCUUUCCCUAAAAAUAACCCCAGUUAAUCUGCCUUAAACAAGCGAGAGAGGAGGGAAGAGCAGUGCCUCCCGCCUGGCUUCGAAUCGGAAAGCCGCAUCGGUGAAUCGCUGAGCACGUGGGAGAUCAAAGGAAACAGGUUUUCUUCUGUUGUUGGGUUUUUUUUAUCUUCUCUUGGCAGCCGUCCGCGGGCUCCGAGUUAAACCCGUCGCGCCGGGCGGCUGAUCCCGGCGCCGGGGGCCGGAGCGGGGUCCGGGCCCCACGGACACCCCGCUUGGGUGAUGAAGCGCAGGAACGGGCGCCGGGAAAUCUCAGCUCCCCACUGUGGCGGGGGGGGGGGGGGGGGGAUGAGCCCCCCCAGCGAGCGGCGGCAGGAUGCAGCGGGGCUGGAGCACGGCGUCUAAAUAAAGUCCCGCUUUGCAGAGCUGGACUCGGGCCACUUUUAGCACAAAGUACAUUCCGGCCUGGACGUAACAAACUGUACCAACCUCCGCCGCGGCGGCAGGGACCGGCUCGGCUCGGCACGGCCCGCCCGGAGGCGCCGGGAUGCUCCGGCGGGAAGCGGCCCCGGGGUUUGGCCCCAGCUGGGGGGGGUUGGUUUGCAAGGAGGGGGUUUGCCAGAGCGGUUUGCUGCUUUUCCCCUCCCUGCGGCGGCCGGGAAGCGUCAGCACGGCUGCCCACUGCUGACACGAGCUGCGCAGUCCUCAGCCGGCCGGGCUUUCCCGCGGCUCGGCGCAGCAUCCUCGGGGGAUCCCGCGCCGCGAAGCCCCCCAAACGAUGUCCCCCCCCAUAACCCGGUUUAGCAGCACCGAAGCGGCGUGGGGGGGGCCCUGCUCUCCCAUCUGGGCUGAGUCACCAGCACUUGGUUUUGGCUCGGAGCAAAAAAAAACCCCGAGAGCGUUUCACCGCUUUUUUUUUCCUUCUUUUUUGCUCGAAAGGUUGCUUUUCCUCCAAAGAAAGCGCCGCACGGCGACAGGCAGCCAGCUCCAUCCCCAGGCCUCUUCCCGCGUAACCCGGGCCGGGAUUUGGGGGGAAACCCCCCAAGCCGGGGCUGCAUCCCGCGGCGCAGCAUCCCGCUGCCUGGGAGCGACGGCACCGCGUUUCGCCCUUCCCGGGGGUUUCGCGGAGCCGGGAUACUCCGCGGGGUGCAGCGGGGUGGGAAUCAGGCUAAAUUAAAGGGGGGAAAUUAAAAAGCGCCGCCGGCCCUGGGGCGGCAGCGGGAGAAGGGUUAAAGGCGGCGCGGGAAGAGGAGGUGAAGGCCACGGGCGGCAGGAAAGGGGGGAGGAGGAGAGAGGGAGGCGGGCGGCCGGGAGCGGAGCGAGAACAGAACAUCCUGUACCCUCGCGUCCCAAACAGCGCGGCCGCGGGGGGGGGACGGCGCCGGCGGCCUCCGGGGAGCCCCGCGCCAGGGCACGCUGGGCCUCGCCGCCGCCGCCGUGCCCCCCCCCCGGCCCGGCACCCACGGGUGCUGCCGGCGGCGUGCACGGGGGGGGUUGCAAUGGGGCGGAGGGGGGGUUGCAAUGGGGCGGAGGGGGGGGUUGCGGCGGUGUGAGGUGACCGCUUGGGCCUCCGCCGCGGCUCUUCGGCCUCCCUCCUCCUCCUCCUCGCUGUGGCUUUUCCUCCCCAGGUGCUGGGGGGGGGGGGUUGCAUCGUGCUGGGCUGGACUGACACAGCCAGUGGGUGCUCAGCCCCCCAAAACCCCCGUUUCCCCCCCAUUCCCGCACCCCUCCAAAAAUCCCCCUUAUAAAUAACAAGGUGGGGGGCAGAGGCUGAGGACCCCAGGGGCCCCUCCAGGCUGGGGGGGGAAACCCUGGCUUGGGGGCUCCCAAGGCCGAGCCACCGCCGGGGGGGUCCCCGGGGCCGGGGGGGGGGGGGACACCGGUGGCGGCGGCCACGGCGCGGCUGCCCUCUGCUGGUCCCAUGGCCCCCGGGGGGGCCGGGAGCACCCGCAGCAUCCACACCCGGGCGGGGGGGUCCCACCGGGAGCUUUCGGCUGGCGUUUCCUAUGUGUAUUUAAUGCAUCCCCCCCCGCCCCGGCCCUGCUGUGCCGGCCCUGAGGUCACAAAGCCGGGGGGGGGGCCCGGGGCGGGGGGGGUGGCAGCAGGAUGGCGGCGUGCUGGGAGAGGUGGACGGGCCGCUACGUGCUGAGCGUGGCCACGGGCGCCGGAGCCGUCUACCUGCUCUACAAGACCAUCCAGGCGGGGCUCAGCAGCCCCCCCGGCGACGCCGAGCCCCUCAGCAUCGCCCGUGAGUCCAUCCCGCCGUGUGUGUCCCCCCCCGCCCCCGGCCGGGCCUCGGUGCCCCCGGCGCUGAGCCCGGCUCGCGCAGGCCUGGCCACGCAGCCCCCGGGCGCAGGGGACUCGCGGGAGCUGCGGGAGCUGCUGGCCGCCCUGUCACGGCGGCAGGACGGCGGCGCCCGCGCCCUGCUCCUCAACGGCGUCGCCCGCUGCGUCUACCUGCUGCAGGCCGAGGCCGCCGCCUGCGCCGACGAGGACCUGCGCCCCGUGGCCUCCUGCCUGGGCGACGGGGAGCGGGAGGUGCGCGUCCAGGCGCUCAACGCCCUCAAGGCCUUCUCCGCCAUCCCCAAGUUCAGGGUCCAAAUCCAGGAGUACGUCCCCAAGGUGCUGGAGCUGGUGACCUCCACGUGGGACGCGGAGACGCACGUGGCCGGGCUGCGGCUGCUCAACGGGCUGCCCCUGCCUGAGCACGCGCACCCGCCGCUGCGCCGCGCCGCCCCGGCCCUCCUGCACCUCCUGCAGAGCGGCACCGCCGGGGCCCAGGUAGCCCGCGGCGUCCGGCCCCGCCACGGCCACCGCCGAGGGGGGUUCGGGUCCCGGCCCACCGCCCCCGGCUGCCUCCCGCAGGUGCAGGUGCUCAAGCUGCUCAUCAAGAUGGCCCGGAAGGAAGAGCUCCUCUACGACAUCCUCAGCUGCCAGGUGCAGCCCGACUUCCUGAGCUUGCUGCACCCCUCGCGGCCCGGCGGCCUCCUCUUCGAGGCGCUGGUGCUGCUGGAGGUGCUCGGCGAGGGCUGCCUGAGCCCCGCGGGCCGGGCCGCCCGCCGCCGCUGCGGGGCCCGCUCGCUGCACCGGGCGCUCUUCGGCGAGGCCUCGCGCCUGGCCGACCGCCUCCUGGCCCUCUUCGUGCACCCCGAGGAGGAGGUGCAGCUGCAGGCCUGCAGGGCCAGCCUCAGCCUGCAGCUCGCCAAGGAGGACGCCGACGCCGACGCCGACGCCAACGCCAACGUCGACGCCAACGCCGACGCCGACGCCGAUGCCGAGAGCGUUCCCUAG